AUGGCAUCCAAAGCAUCAAACACACUCAAACCACAAGUCGAGUCUGAGCCGACAAGCGAGCAACAAACUUCGCAACCCCAACAGCCCUCUUCAGACACUGAGACAUCUACACAACACGCCCCACUCCCCCUACCAGAGCCCACCUCCGACGCAACGAAACUCAAUGUUAACGGUGAGGGCGUCAAACUGGAUCACCUAGGGCCGCUUGUUGUAAACAAGGACGGCACGCUUUCGAGGAUUGCGAAUUGGGAUAAGAUGGCGGAGAUUGAGAAGCAGAACACGCUGAGGAUUUUGGGGAAGAGGAAUCAGCUGAGGUUAGGCGAUCUGAGGGGAGAAGGGAAGGAGGAGCGCUUCAUCCAAGAUCCAUUCCUGUUCAUAGCGAAAUGGAUGUACGCCCACCAGCCGCCCAUCACUCCUCCACAUGCACGUAACCCCAUCAAGAUAGUCUGCAUAUCCGACACCCAUACUGUGCAAACCCCCCCACCCCCCGGCAAAAUCCUCAUUCACACCGGCGACCUCACCAUCCACGGGACAUUCCCCGACUUACAACGCCAGUUGAACUGGCUCAGCGGAUUGACGCACAAGCAUAAGCUCGUCAUAGCAGGGAACCACGAUUUACUGCUUGCGACAAGCUGCUACUCCGCCCCAGCAGAGCUUUUCAAGGGGAGUGGGAGCGAGUGGCAGAGGAAGGGCGAUCUAAACCGGCCCGCCACCAGCUACGUUUAG